ACAUCUCCUUUCCGGAAAUCACUAACUUGGAGUGAUCAACGGGAGAAGGAGGCCGAGAGAGGACCCGGGGGAGAACCAGAUCCGCAAGAGGAGUUGAUCUGCACUGAGUUCACAACCAGGGAGGUCAUCGAAUUCCAGCAUGAAACCAGCAAUCUAAAGAGAUAUGGUUUGGAUUGUAGAUCACCGUUAGAGACGACGCACUGGGGGCGACGAGAUCGAUCGACGGGAACCAGUUUGUCAACCCUGAUAAUUUAAGUUUCUCCCCUAUGAAGGCUCUUGGCAGUUUGUAUGCUCAGACAAUUAAUUAUUCAGGGGAGAUUCAUGAGAGAUCGAUCACCUUCCCAACUCAGAUGUGCUCUGAUUCUCGGGGCUCUCUCAUAUCAUGAUUCUGUUCUUGAAGGUUUGUUUUUAUAUAUAUUCUAAUUCUCGGAUACACAAAUCUUUGGGUUUU